AUGGCCAAGCCUGCCACUGAAGGGGAAUUCCGCUCCGCUUUUUCACUUUCCACUUUUGUGGGGCUUUAACGGAGCCCUGAGCUGAGCGGUGAGGCGCACCCGAACCGAGAACUGGAACUGAAGAUCUGCGUGCAGUUUUACAGAACAUUCACAGACAUGGGAAGUGGAGGAUCCAAACAAGGUUCACUUCCAAAGGGCAACACUGAGGAGAAGAAGAGUGAAUUUAUUAUUCUGCGCCUUUGGAGGAGUUCACGUGAUGAAGAGGUCAAGCCACCCCCAACCCCCCUGAUUGAGAAACCAUGGAGGGAUCAGGAAUUUAGCUCAAAUGUAAGGGAUAAACUUCUAGAUGAAAUUCGAAAUUACCAGACUAUGAUAAAGUCAGUGGCAGAGCCCAGAAUCCUCCUGAUUGGGCAGAUUGGAUGUGGUAAAAGCAGCUUCUUCAACUCGGUGAACAGCAUCUUCAGAGGUUAUGUCAUACGGCAGGCUACAGCUGGGUUUGGAGAAAACAGUGUAAGCAAACUGUACCGGACGUAUCCAAUUCAUGAUGGAAGAGGUGGGAAGAAGGUGCCAUUUAUCCUGUGUGACACCAUGGGCCUGGAAGGAAGUUCUGAUGAGGCAGGAAUCCAUGUGGACGACAUCAUCAGUGUCAUUAACGGGCACGUCCCAGACCAAUAUGAGUUCAAUCCCAAAGUACCAAUUUCAGAUAAAUUCAAAUGCUACAGAGAGAAGCCCAGUCUGGCUGAUAAGGUGUACUGCAUUGUCUAUGUUGUGGAAGCAAGCAAAGUCAGCCUCAUUAGUGAAGUUCUGCUGAAGAAGUUUAAGUUCAUCCAGUCCAACGUGAACAACAUGGGGAUUCCUCAGCUUUUGAUGGUCACUAAGAUAGACGACGCCUGCACAGAAGUUGCAAAGGACCUGACCAAAGUGUACCAAAGCCGCUACAUUUAUGAGAAGGUAACUCAACUGGCACAGGUGUUGGGAGUUCCCCCCUCUGCUAUCUCCCUGGUUAAGAACUACGCUGUAGAUUUCGAGCUCAAUCUCAAUAUGGACGUCUUGAUCCUGACGGCCCUCCAGCAGAUGUUGAGAGCUGUUGAUGCCUGCUUAGAUGAAAUGAAGCAGAGAGGCCUCAUUAAGGAGGGCAGCUCUUAGUGUUUUUAGACUUCAUUUCCUGUUACUGUGUUAGCAUUUCCUGACUACCACUUAUAAACGGUUGAUGGUUUCCUUUCUUUGCUUUCCUCAGUGUUUCUCGCUGCUCUAACACAGACGUUCAUCAUUAUAUGAAUAUUGUCAGUCAGUCAGUCAGUAUCCAACCCGCUAUAUCCUAACACAGGUUCACGGGGG